CACUUACAUUGAUAAUGGCCUUACAACUGAUAAUUCAUAAACGAGAAAAAUAAUUAUAAUUCUAUAAAUACACAUGUCCUUGUCCAUUUACAAACUUCACUUUGAUUGAAUUAUAAGUACAUUUUUAUCUUCUUAUCUAGAAGUCCGAUAAAAAGUUUCUCAUUUUUUAUUUCUAUCAAGACAAGAUGAGUUCGCAAAAAGUUGCUGUGGUAACCGGUGGGAAUAAAGGAAUAGGAUAUGCCAUUGUCAAAGGCCUCUGUGAACGAUUUGAUGGACUCGUUUAUCUGACAGCUCGAGAUGUAGAAAGAGGUCAAGCCGCUGUAGCUCAGCUAGAAAAAGAAAAUAAGAAAGCAGUGUUUCACCAACUGGAUAUUAAUAACCAAGCCAGUGUAGACGAAUUAAGGGAUUUUAUUAAAGAUAGACAUGGCGGAUUGGAUCUGCUAAUCAAUAAUGCAGCAAUAGCCUUUGGUAGAGCAGCUACAGAAUCUCCAUUUGUCCAAGCAUCAAAAACUAUAGAAGCCAAUUACUUUGGAACCCUAAGAGUUUGUGAAGCUUUGUUUCCUUUGUUAAGGAAUAACGCAAAAGUUGUAAAUCUUUCCAGCGCUGCAGGACAUCUGUCUAAAAUACCGACAGAGAAGCUCAGAAAUGAAUUUUCGAGAAAGGAUUUAACCAUACCAGAACUCAGUAAAUUACUUGAAAAGUUUGUAAAAGCUACAGAAAAUAACACACACGUAGAAGAUGGCUGGGGAAACUCCACCUACGCUGUUUCCAAAGUGGGUGUAACUGCACUGACCAUUAUCCAACAGAGACUAUUCGAUGAAGAACAGCCCAAUCGUAAUAUUUCGAUCAAUGCAGUUCAUCCGGGAUACGUCAAAACUGAUAUGACAAGCCAUAACGGUCUUUUAAGUAUCGAGGAAGGAGCCAAAAGCUCCUUGUUUGCUGCAUUGGAUGCUGAUUUGAAGGGGAAGUAUAUCUGGAAAGAUUGUACAUUAGUUGAUUGGUACAGCAAGGAAAUGCCAAAUCCACCAUACUAAAUUCGUCACACUAUACACAAUGAUAUUCACUGUAGUACCUAUUAUUAAAACAAAUUGUACUAGAUUGCAUUUAAUAUUUUCUAAUAAAAAUAUAUUUUGAAGACUA